GCAGCAGCAACUCGAAUGCACUUCACUUGAAGUUGGCGAUGGCGAGCCUUGAGGAAGUGCAGGAGGCCUUGCGGGAAGAGCAGGCUGCGCGACAGGAGCUGGAGGAGGCGCUGCAUAAAGCUGCGAAGUAUGGCCAGGAGCUGCUGACUCAGGUGCAGGAGCAGGAACGCACCAUCCAGGAGUACAAGGACAAGGAGGUGGAUGUCACACCUCAGAGCCAGGCGUCGCCAAUGAUGGGGCGUCGCUCGUCCCGAGUGGGCGGCCGUCGCUCCGUCACUGUUGCCAACUACCCUGGUGAGAACAAACGCAAAGGAGUUGGUUUCGCACUUCCGGGAAAUACGGGGGACAGCGACGAUGAGGACGGCAGGCUGCGCCCGUCGCUUCAGCGGCGCCCCCGCGGCGCCAGUUCCGGCAAGACCGUGAUGGUUGAGGACCUAAUGCAGCACAAUCAGUCGCUCGAGGAUGAGCUGACACAACUGCGGCAGCAGCUGCAAGAGGGCGAGUCAGAAGAUGACGACGAAGAGGAUGAGGAGGAGGAGGACCAAUGGCAAGGAGCCCCCCGUCCAUCCCGCAAGUCGAAGAAAGCCUCGGAGAAUGUGAUGGAAGAGGAGGAGAGAGGCAGAGAGCUUCAGGAACUCAAGGGCCGGGUGGAGGAGCUCCAGCGAGAGCAGAAGGAGCUUCAGGCCGCCCACCUUCAACGCAUCAAAGAGCUCGAGGCAGACCUUGAGACCAAGAAGCACGAGACAGAGGAGCUCAAGUUAGCGGAGCAGGCGGCAAGGACGAGCGCGGCCUCGAGCGAGAACAGGAACAAGGUGCUGCUGGAGAAGUUUGAGAUGGUGCAGGAGGAGCAUGACAAGACUGAGAAGCAGCUGCAGCUCGCCAAGGCGAAGGAGCGUGACCUGGAGUUUCAGUUGGAGGAGCAGGCGCUCCGCGGCAAGGCGCGCAGCGGUCGGAAGUGGAUGCCCACGGCCUGUGAGGAGGCGUUGCGAUCAGCUGCUGGCACCUCUUUGGCAGAUGAGUUUGAGGGCAUGGGCAUGUUGGAGGAGGGGAGUGAAGAUGGGGAUGGAGGCGAAGAAGUCUCUCAAGCGGAGGCUCAGGAGAGUCCGGAGAGUCAGGAGAGUCAGGCAUCGGCACUGCGCCGGGAGCUGGAAGAAGCUCAGGCGGCGGCUGCGCGGCAGGCCAAGGACCUGGAGGCCGCGGCAGCCGCCGCAGGGCUCCCGGAUGCGAGCGACGGACUGGAUGCCCCUGGAGGAACCGAGGCCGAGGCAAACAAGGAGGUCUCCCAAGCCUUGCAGCUGGAAUUGGCCGCAGCCAAGGCGGAGGCCGCGAAAGAAAGAGAAGCAUCGCAGCAAGCGCUCGCGGCUGCCAAGGCUGCUGAUGAAGAAGCUGCCGAGUUGCGGAAGAAGCUUGAGGCUCUCCAGGCUGAAGCGAGCAAGGAGGUCUCCCAAGCCUUGCAAUUGGAAUUGGAGGCGGCUAAGGCGGAGGCCGCGAAAGAAAGAGAAGCAUCGCAGCAAGCGCUCGCAGCUGCCAAGGCUGCUGAUGCAGAAGCUGCCGAGUUGCGGAAAAAGCUUGAGGUCUCCCAAGCCUUGCAGCUGGAAUUGGACGCAGCCAAGGCGGAGGCUGCGAAGGAAAGAGAAGCAUCGCAGCAAGCGCUCGCAGCUGGCAAGGCUGCUGAUGCAGCAGCUGCAGACUUGCGGAAGCAGCUUGAGGCGAUCCAGGCGGACGCUGGCAGCGGUGCUGCUGCGCAGGCAGAGGCUCAGAAGGAAGUGCAGGCGCUGCACUCGAAGCUGCAAGCCUCUGAAGCCUCUCAGGCCGAGGCGCUGACGAGAUUGUCCGAGCUGGGGCAGAAGCUCGAAGCCGCCGCCGAGGUCUCGCCGGAGCUUGCACAGGCCAAGGCGCAGUUGCAGGCAGCUUUGGCCGAGAACUCGCAGCUGAAGGAGGAGAUCAAGACGCAGGCAACCGCGGACGGGGAGUCGGCGCCGGAGACGGAAAGCUUCUGGAACAAGGUCAUGGGAGCCAUCGCAUGCGCUCGUACGCCCCCAAAGGGGGCUGCGGGCACUCGCGUCACCUUCGAAAAUCGUGAGCCAGUACGUCUGGCGAUCCCUAAUGAGUGAGCCGGCAAAAACGGGGCUUUGAGGCCAAGGCGCGAAAAAAAAGCGGCCGGUGGUGAUGCAUGUUGGUGUCGGUUUUCGUUUGCGUCUUGA